GAGCCCAGCCCACACACAAGGAAGGGUGGGACGGAAAGUUAAUUAACUUCGUGAUCGUGAUUCGUGACCGCGCACCGUUACCGCGCAACCGCCACGUUCCACACGCGUAGACCCUUCCGCACCACGCACCACGCACCACCAACGCGUGACCGCCACCUCGCGACGCUAUCGUGCGACCGCCACCGUUCCACGCGCAGCUCCUCCCGCACCACUUACCGCCCCCGUUCCACUCCCAGCCCCUCCCGCCGCCUCUGUUCCACGCCCACGGCAUAGAAAAGUCUUAUUCAGAACUAAGGUUCCUUCCUACUAGGCUCCAGCUAUCAUAUUUGGGUCAGUUUUGUAAUAAUCAACUGAUAAAUUCUGGUUGAAUACUGGAAUCCUCCUUCUCUUGUUGCCUCUACCGAGCAAGUUGCAAUCUUGGCCAAAAUGGUAUCUGGGUUAAUCAAUGCGAACCCUGUCAUAUACGAAAAGAAAGAGCGACGAGCUCGAACUGCUCCUUCUGCUCCCCAUGAUGAGUAUGCUGUGGAACCAAUUGACCAACAAGAGAUUUUUGAUCAUAUAAGAGAUAUAAAGGACCCUGAGCACCCAUACUCCUUGGAAGAGCUUAAGGUGAUCACAGAGGAAGCAGUUGAAGUUGAUGAUCAGCAGAAUUAUGUUAGGGUUACAUUUACUCCUACAGUGGAACAUUGCAGUAUGGCGACAAUUAUAGGUCUAUGCUUACGUGUAAAACUCAUGAGAAGCUUGCCUUCGCGAUACAAGGUGGAUAUCAGAGUAGCACCUGGAUCUCAUGCAACUGAAACUGCAGUUAACAAACAAUUAAAUGAUAAAGAGCGUGUGGCAGCUGCACUGGAAAACCCAAAUCUUUUGGAUAUGGUUGAUGAAUGCCUUGCUCCAUCUUAUGAUUGAAGGAGCUUUUUUCUUCUCCAAAUGCUGAGACAGGUGCUUUUGUGCCUGUCGUGGAAGUUGGUCAGCUUUGUUUGUAUGUAUAUUUUUCGUUGCUGGCAUAUUAUUAUUGGCCAUGUAUUUUGUGUUUACCUCACACAAUUGUCGUUGAAUAGAAAUGCAUAAUUGACAAUGUGAUAAUUGAGUAAACUACGAAGGAUCUCCGAUCAUUAGCUCUAGAAAAGAAAUAGGAAAUUCUUUCAAUGUUUUGCUCAUGUUUCAUACAGUGAUAGAUUCAAAAAUUUUAGAUAAUAAAGACAAUACUUAUUCAUA